AUGUCUACAUAUACGUUAAAAUCAUUAAGAAAUAUUGUACAACGUCAAAGGGUAAAUGGCAUUCGGUGCUUUGCAGGAAUUGAUGGCAUUCGUGAAAAUGUUACCAAAAAUUGUACAUUACCUGUAGAACCGCAACAACAAAUAUCAGAUCAUACGAAAAGAGAUGUUCAACACCAUAGCAAUAAAGCCGAAGGCUGGUGGGACCUUGAUGGACCGAUGAAAGGAUUACACCGUAUGAACCUUUUAAGGGUACCGUUCAUAAGAGAUGGCCUGGUCGCAAGAGGUUCUGUAGAUUCUAAAUUAAUAAACACUAACAAUGUAUUACAAAAUCAACAAAUACUUGAAGUGGGUUGCGGAGGAGGCAUAUUGACUGAACAGUUGGCUCGUUUGGAUGCUAAGAUAACAGGCAUCGACUUGAGCGACGUAUUAAUAAAUGUAGCCUGUGAGCAUUUAAAGCAAGAGGCAAACGCUCGGCUACUUAAUAAUAUAACUUAUAAGACCGAAUCCAUCGAAGCUCAUAUGCAAGAUAAAAAGAAUUUUUACGAUGCGGUGAUAAUUUCAGAAGUAUUGGAGCAUAUUGAUAACAAAGAGCCUUUCUUGAAAGCUUGCAUCCAAUGCUUAAAGCCAGGCGGUUCCGUUUUUAUUACCACUCUUAACCAAACUGUUCGAAUGUGGAUAGUGGGCGUCCUGAUAGCCGAAUAUUUAUUAGGGUUCAUUCCAAUAGGCACUCAUCAUUGGAAAUACAUGAUUUCUCCCUUAAAUGUACAGAAAAUGUUAGAUACAAUGGGUUGUCAGACAAUUUUAGUAAACGGCUGGACGUACCAAUAUCGGCGACAGGUUUGGCGUAAGAUUAACUCUACAAGCAUGGUUUACGCAAUGCAAGCUAUAAAAACUCAAGCUCUUCAGUAA